GCACCAGAGGGGCGGGCGCCUUCAGGCGCGGGAGUGGCGGGCUCAAGUGGGGGUUGUAACCGUCGCCCUCCCUCCUGUCCACCUACCCGCCUCCUUGCCCACGGCGUCUGCACUCGACACCCUCCAAGAAGCAAAAGGACGGCGGUUCUGGUUCCGUCUGCUGGAUGCCAAAAUGCAGCUUCAUAAGCAAGGUGUGGUGAGCUGUCCCUGACAGAGUGAAGUCACAAAGAAAGAGAAACUGCUGUCUGGGAGCCCUCGGCCUUCCCUGGCUUCCAGGGUGUUUCCCACUUCCUGGAUCAGCAAUGGAAAAGCCUGCAGGCAGGAAAAAGAAGACCCAGGCCCCAAAGGAGGAAGCGGGGGUUCCAAAGGAGAAAGGUGUCAAAGGAGAGAAAGCAUCCAAGGCAAAAAGGCCAACCAAGAGGUCAGCGAGGCCCCGGAAGCCCCGCAAACAGCCUGUCCUGAGUCCCGAAGAUGAGGCGCAUAUCUUUGAUGCCUUUGAUGCCUCAUUUAAAGAUGACUUUGAGGGCGUCCCCGUAUUUAUUCCUUUUCAGAGGAAGAAACCCUACGAGUGUGGUGAAUGCGGACGAAUCUUCAAACACAAGACAGACCACAUCCGCCACCAGAGAGUUCACACUGGAGAGAAGCCCUUUAAGUGUGACCAGUGUGGGAAGACCUUCAGACACAGCUCAGACGUCACCAAACAUCUGAGAAUCCAUACUGGUGAGAAGCCCUUUAAAUGUGGGGAGUGUGGGAAGGCCUUCAACUGUGGCUCCAAUCUUCUGAAACACCAGAAAACACACACUGGGGAGAAGCCUUAUGGCUGCGAGGAAUGUGGAAAAACCUUCGCCUACAGCUCCUGCCUCAUCCGGCAUCGGAAGCGUCAUCUGAGGAAGAACAAAGUGACUGCUGACCAGAAGCCCAACGCCCGGGCUCUGACGCUUCUUUCUCGCGCGGAGACGAGGGUCUCUGCCGGGCUUUUCGGCUGGUUUGAAAAGAUUCUCCAGACGGAUCUUUGUUGGGCCAUAGAGCAGAAACCCUCCAAGGAGAAGCUACACAGAAUAAAGGAUUUGAGCCCCCCAGAGACCACCAAGGCGAGGUCCUCCGGGGUCCAGAGCGUCCCAGAAUUGGGGGCGGGAACUCCUGGAGGCGGAGCACUUCCGGCCAACGCGCGGGCGGUCUCCUCCCGCUCGCAAGCAGGUCUCAGGAAGAUGGCAACCUUAGAGGACGUUGAGGAGUCUGCUCCUGUCCUGUCACCCAGCAGUCUGUCAUCACCGGGGACACCUGGAAACCAGCACCAUGUGCAUCCUCACGGCUCCCCCUGUUCCAGUCCCGAGGCAGCAGACCUGGACCUUCAAGACAUAGAGGAAGUGGAAGUCAGCAGAGACACCUGGCUUGACUCUGAGUGGGAGCCUAAGAAGACUCCAGCCUCUCUCAGUUCCCACAGUCCUGGAGAUGGCCUGGCCUCAGAUGGAAGGGCUCUGAGGGGCCUCUUGAAGAGCCUCCCCAGCAUGUCUAAUUGUGGGGACAGCUUUGGCCAGGAAUGUACCGUGGAGCAGUCAGCAGGCCUGCCUCCAGGGACCCUGCCCUGCUCUCAGAAAAGGGACACUUGGCACAUGGUGCUCGUGCCACAGGGAGCCCAAGGGGCCGAGGACAGCGCCAAGAAGGCUGCCGAGCUGGGCAGUAGUUUGGGGCGCAGCUGCCGGCAGGCCGGCCCACGGGGCGCCAAGCCGCACCGCUGCGAGGCCUGUGGCAAGAGCUUCAAGUACAACUCUCUGCUGCUGAAGCACCAGCGCAUCCACACCGGGGAGAAGCCUUACGCCUGCCACGAGUGCAGCAAGCGCUUCGGGAGCUGGUGGGGCUUCAUGCAGCACCACCGCAUCCACACGGGCGAGAAGCCCUAUGAGUGCGGCCAGUGCGGCCAGGCCUUCAGCCACAGCUCACACUUCACGCAGCACCUGCGCAUCCACAACGGCGAGAAGCCCUACAAGUGCGGCGAGUGCGGCCAUGCCUUCAGCCAGAGCUCCAACCUGGUGCGGCACCAGCGGCUGCACACCGGGGAGAAGCCGUAUGUCUGCAGCCAGUGCGGCAAGGCCUUCAUCUGGAGCUCCGUGCUCAUCGAACACCAGCGCAUUCACACCGGCGAGAAGCCCUACAAGUGCGAAGACUGCGGCAAGGCCUUCCGAGGUCGGUCACACUUCUUCCGGCACCUGCGGACUCACACGGGUGAGAAGCCCUUCGCCUGUGGCACCUGUGGCAAGGCUUUUGGCCAGAGCUCCCAGCUCAUCCAGCACCAGAGGGUGCACUACCAUGAAUAGCGCACACACCAAUAAAGUUUGUGGGUGAACCUGCUCCUCUUGAGAUGGGGAUGCUUUACCGGUACAUGGCAGGACAUGUCCUGUGUCCAAGUAUGGUGGCUAAAGGAACUGUUUUGUGCUAGGCAUCCAUCUUGGUACCCACCAGCCAUCUGUCUCUGACUCCAGUCCCUGAAGAUAAGUUCCCAGUAACCCUGACGCAGUGACCUCCACCCAAAAGUGCACAGCCGUGACAUCUACGCAUCAUGAUAUGACUAACUGCUCUUUGGCUUCUGUGACCUGCUUAUGCAGACAUGCGAGGACUAUUUGAGUUCUCCUUGGCUACCUAAUCGUGGCAGAGCAGAACGGCUCCUGGCUUCUGUGUGCAGAUACUCAAGGUCUGUUUGUGGGUUUUGCCUUAAGAAUCCUCCCCUCACCCCCUUCACCCACCAGUCUCUAGUCUGGCUCUAGUCUGCUGUCCCGCUAGCGGUUUCAGUCAAUAAACCUGAUGCACCUGUGGGACUUAAACAGCCGACUCCAGCGAGCAGGCGAGGACAGAAAGGGCAGGCAGCUCCUGGGGCGAGAAGAGGGAAGGCAGUGGUUAGCCAAGGUUAGAGGCAACAGAAGCCAAGCAAGAGACAGCGCAAGCCCCUGAAGGGAGCAGGGAAACCAAGCUCCAGAAGUGAGAAUCUGUGGGGAGGGAGAAUCUGCGUGGUUUGGUUUCCCAUGUCUGCAACAAAACUCCAACACACACCAGAAAACACAGAUCCACCAAACAACAUUAAAAAAGUCAGAACGUCCAAGUGGAGACCAGAGAAACACAGACACCUUCACUCCUGUGCUAGAACCAGGGGGACAGGAGGGCGUCUCCCAUUCUGUCCUUGGAGACUGGGUCAAUGAUCACAUCUGAUCUCCCCUAUGUCUCCCCAGAUGUCGGGACUUCCAGAACGGAACAACUCACUAAUGGGUCUGCGUUUCAAAUAUGUGUUGGCUGGCACUUUUUACAAAUCCUCAGUGGCCACAGUCUGGGGUUCCCCUAGGCCUCCAAGUCCACAAUGUACUUGCCCCCAUCUAGGGUCUGUCCUCAACUAGUGACUCUAAUUUGUGACAGGCUUGGUCUCAGGCUUUCCCAGGCCUCACCUGGCCCUGAGUCUGGGGUCUUCCAGGAAUCCUGAAUGAGCCCCCAAAUGUUAUGGAGUUUGGGACACCCCACCCCAAGAAAAGACUACAGACCCAAUGCAGAUUAUAAUUCAAAUCUGUAAAAAAAACAAGCCAAGUGGUGGUGGCACACACCUUUAAAUCCCAGCACUUGGGAGGCAGAGGCAGGCCAGUCUUUGUGAGUUCGAGGCCAGCCUGAUCUACAGAGCUAAUUCCAGGACAGCAAGGGCUGUUACACAGAGAAACCCUGUCUUGAAAAACAAAAUCAAAUCUGUAAAAAACAAAAGCAAGCUGAUGUCAACAUUUUCUGAGUUCCCACAGAAGUCUUGUUUUUACAGUUUUCCUGUGUAAGCCUCUAGAUAUUUGAAUUCUGCAACCUGAUGACUUUAUAAAAAGAUAUUUCUGAAGCUGUUCAGGUUGGCUGCUUCCAUCUGCACACACACACAAACUGGCUAUAUAGUAAAAUCAAGCCCUGUCUACAAUCUCUCAUGGUAACUCCAGAUAUGCCUGCUUCAAAUCAUCAGAGCUGGGUGUGUUGAACAUUAGCAUUAAAGGUGUGCAGAGAUGCCUUUAUUCCCAGCCCUCGCAGAAGCAGACAGAACUCUGAGUUCGAGGCCAACCUGGUCUCCAGAGCGAGUGCCAAGACAGUCAGGGCUACACAGAGAAACCCUGUCCUGAAAACCAUUACUAUUCCUCAAAAAGGAAGAGAUAGACGAGGUCACUGGGCCUUCAUCUGAGCAUCCAGUCACUCCUCCCUCCUAAUGUAUUUAAUAGGCCCUAAGUUGCAUGAAGCCCCAAGGUUCUCUGGGAAAGCCAGGGUGUACCAGCUAAAAACUAGGAAUAAGGAUGGGGCCCAGCUCUGCAGCAGAGGGAAAGCUGUGGAACACACCAGGCAGAGGUCCAGACAUUAUCUAACUGGGCAGAGGUGCAGAUACUGUCUAACACCCCUUAAGGAGAGACUUCUUACAAUAAAUGGUAUACUUAUUUGCUACUGUGGUUCCUCAUUUACAUUUUUAUUUAAAUUUUUAAUAAAGAAUUUAUAUAAAAAUUAGCACGACUAUAUGUAAUUACAGAUGCCUAGCUCUGAGUUCUCCUUUUCUUGGUUCUUGUUACCAAGGAAACGUUCCCCCAUUCAAGGUCAUGGAAAGUCAGUUUAAUGCAAACUUUCCCUCAGGAUCUGUAAAGACCUUUGGGCAAGGAAUGUAACAUUUCAGGCAAAAAAUUACUUAAUGAUUAAGAUUUUCAAGUUCCUAAUUUAUAAAGGUCUACUCAGCUUAACAGAAACUUAGAGGUAUUUGUCUAGCCUCCUAGUCUUUGCUAACUUCAUUAAGAUUUAGCUAUUUGGGUAUACUGAGUGUUACAAAAAACUGAUAUAAAGAUAAAAGUCUCCCAAUCUCUCUGUGGACUGUAUUUAUGGUUUAAAGUUUUAUUUUGAUUCUAAAGGAUUUUCAAGUAAAUAUUUUUGUUUUUAUUUUGUGUGCAUUGGUGUUUUGCUGCAUGUAUGUGUGAUGGUGUCCAAUCCGCUGCAACUGGAGUUAGAGAUGAUUGUGAGCUCCCAUGUGGGUGCUGGGAUUGAACCCAGGGCUUCCAGAAGGGCAGUCAAUGCUCUUAACCGCUGAGCUAUCUCUCCAGCCCCUCAAUUAAAUCUUUAAGGAUAAAACUAAGCAAGGAUAAAACUAUAAAAUCCUAAUCUUGUAAAAACUGCUAAUUUGUAAACUUCCGAAGAUAAUUAAGAAUGCAGGUCAGCCACCUUAUAAAUGGCCAAAUUCUUUAAUGUGCCCAGAACUAUGCUUGUAGUCAUGCUAAUAAAGUAUAAUUCAUUUACAGAGACAGCUUUUUAACCUUCUGUGUAUGUUGUCAAGGUUAAGCCUAAAGUAACUAAAAAAUAAGUUUGUUUAAAAUCAGGUAACCAAAUAGACUAGAUGAUGGCCUCAAACUCCUCAGAGAUCUGUGAAAUAUAGCAUUUAAGAUGUUUAAUAAGAAAAACUUCCCAUACCAAACAAAAAUGCCAGCUCCUGGAAACAGCCCUAAGGUCUCCUCCAAAGACUGUGGUCAGGCACUGAGGCCUCCACCUGGAUUAUGGGGACACCGACCACUGCACAAAUAAUUGUUUCAUACUGUGAACCACGGACAAACAGGACGCUGGAGAAUUGACUGCCCCACUUUGCCUUGCCAAAGCGAGGCCAGUCUCUCGAGUUCCUCAUCCACAGGAAUGUCUCUCAGUCAUCUGAGCCUGGCAGUUUAAGGCUGAUGCUACCCUGUACCAGCACUAGCCAGCUCUCAAAUCAUGACACAGAGACUUAUUAGUUCUGAAUGCUCAGCCUAGCAUAGGCAUGAUUCUGGCUAUCUCUUUUAACUUAAACUGUUUCUCUCUCUCUCUCUCUCUCUCUCUCUCUCUCUCUCUCUCUCUCUCUCUCUCUCUUUUUUUUUUCUUUCUUGCUUUCUCUGUGUCUGGCUGACCCCGGCAUCUCUUUUCUUCUUCUCUCCGUCUUCCUCUAGAGCCUAGAGUUCUCCUCCUAUUUAUUUUCUCUGGCUGCCAGCCCCGCUUAUGCUCUCUCUGCCUCGCUAUUGGCUGCUCAGCUCUUUAUCAGGCCAAUCAGGUGCCUUAGGCAGGCAAGGUGAAACAAAUUCAACACAUCUUCACAUAAUUAAACAAAUGCAGCAUAAACAAACAUAACCCAUCUUUGCCCAGUUAAAAUAAUAUUCCACAACACUACCCGGUGUGGCAGCAAAGUCUGACACCACCCUGACCUCUGCCCCUAAUGAAACCAUCCAGAUCAUCGUGGAGGAGCCUAGGGUAACCACCAGGUAAUUGAUAGGCCAUUUGAAUGAUACUUCUUGCUCAGAUUUAGCCUUAUCAGAGCUCUGAUGAUGUCUUUGUCAGUUCAACAACAGCAAACACUUGUUGAAGGGAGCUGAGGGCCUUCUUUCCUGCUGCCAGGCUCUCGGCCUCUGGCUAGCUUAUGCCCCGAAAUAACAACACCCAAAUUGUAUUCAUAUAAACACUGCUUGGCCCAUUUCUAUUAAUGUGUAUAGCACCACAAGGUGCACUUACCAGGUAGAUUCUAGCCUACGUCCAUCCUGGGUUGGAGCUUCAUUACGUCUGCCCUGUAAAGGAGCGGCAUGGCAUCUGACCUCACUUCCUUCUACCCAGCAUCCUGUUUUGUUUACUCCACCCACCUAUGUUCUAACCUAUCAGGCCAAGCAGUUUCUUUACUAACCAAUGACCUUCCUCCAUCAAACACUCAGACCACCCCUACACACACACACACACACACACACACACACACACACACACACACAGCUGUACUUGCCUAGUCAGCCCAUUUGAUAUGUAAAAAUCAGGCCUUGCUUUUUCUAGAGCUACUGAAGCUCCUGAAAAAUGGCAAACUUCACACUAAAAGAGAUAAACUCUGCAAACAGGUUUCAAUGUAAGUUCUACUAUUCCUUUAUUUUUUAAAACUUGCUUUUUCUUUCUUUUUUAAAGACAGGGCUCUCUGUGUAGCCCUGGCUGCCCUGGAGCUCACUCUGUAGACCAAGCUAGCCUCAAACUCAAAGAUCUAUCUGCCUGUACGGGUGUGGCCCUACCACCCAGCAAAACUUGCUUUUCAGUGACUGCUCUCAGUAAUUAGCUACCUAUGUCUCAUGGUAAAUAACUGGAUGGAAAAAGUAUUUGGAGUUUGUAAAAGUUAUGAGGGGGCUGGAGAGAUGGCUCAGUGGUUAAAAGCACUGCCUGCUCUUCCAAAGAUCCUGAGUUCAAUUCCCAGCAACCACAUGAUGGUUCACAACCACCUGUAAUGAGAUCUGGUGCCCUCUUCUGGCCUGCAGGCAUGCAGACUACUGUAUACUUAAAAAUAAAUAAUUUUCUUUAAUAAAUAAAUAAAAAUUAAAAAAAGUUACGAGGGUCCAGGGAAAUGAUGUAGGGUAUAGAAAUGCAAGUCGUAAAAGGUCUGAGGAUCCGAAAGCUCAGAUGAACUGUGGGGGUCUAAGAAAGUCAUUUAAGGCGUGUAAGCGCAAGCCAUAAGGUCUGAGGAAGUGAUUUAAGGUGUGUAAAUGCAAGUUGUAAAGUCCAAAAAGUAAAGUAUAUAAAAAUUGUUAAAGUUUCAGAUUCCUUUCGUGCUAUGCUAUUGUUGCACUAAGACUUCAGAAGUCCAGUGUUUUAGCAGUAACCAGUGGUGUUCUGAAGAACAUUAACAUAGCUCUGGAAAAGCACUGCUCCUAUUAUCAUCAUCACAAGCUCAGUUUUAAAAGUGUCCUUUGUUGCUUUCUGAGUUUAGACUUAGAGUUUCUCAUUGUGCUGACCACACACCCAGCCCUCCGGAUAGAGGGAGGGCUCAUGCUAUAGCUCAAAGGUCUGCUCCAGCUGCUCACAGACAGCGCUUUUUCUAAAAUGGAGAUCUCAAUGGAAUACAAACGAUGGUGAUGCUAAUAUACCUAAAACUUUCAUCUUUUUGUAAACUUAAAAAAUUCAUGUGCGCUUCAGAGUCUCACCUUAGAUCAGCCUGUCAAAUACACUUCAGAUAAGUACUCCUGUCCCCGCCUGAAGUCUGCAUCUGUCCCAGCAGAUUUCCAGUCAACCACAGACUGCAGACUGCUCCAAAGUUACUAAGAGCCCUGGACUUACCGAAAUCUGAUGUAAACCAGAUGUUUCUAACAACAUUUCCUACCAGCUUGAGCAUUCCAGACUGCUCCAAAACUACCUGAACUUUGGAAUCUCCACAUGGUCCAGCAAACCAGAUGUACCCUCCCCCCUCGGCCUUUGACCAGCUUCCCAGCCUUCCUCCCAAGUUUAGCUGAAAAGCAGUCACAGAAGAGGGCACACCGUCCCUUUCCUUAACAGAAGGCUAGAAUAUUAGAUCCAAAAGGAACUAGUUCCCCUCUACUGAAAGGACUCACUUCCCUUCUCUGGCAAAAGGGACAAAUGGCUACCUAUGAUGCCCAUUAGCACACCAAAGCUCAUGCUGCCUCCAGGAUCCUCUGAUAUUGCAAACACCUGUUAAAAUCAGAGUUACGAAAAGGGAACUCAGCCAGGCGGUGGUGGCACACACUUUAAUCCCAGCACUCAGGAGGCAGAGGCAGGCGGGUCUACACAGAGAAACCAAACCAACAAGGGUUACUCAAGAUGGGGGCUGAGAUCUGACUGAUGGCUGACUUCAGGAUUACCAGAUUUUACUGAGGUGUUUAUUUUGUCUUGCUGCUUUACAUGUCAAACACUAGAGAUACCAGGAGCCCUAAAUUUUAGUUCCCCAACUCUUUCUAAAGGGGCCAUUGGGGAAUGUGGUGGCUAAAAAAAAAAAAAAAAAAAA